GUGUUUGUGCAACAGUUCACGUAAGUUUGCUCCCUCGCUCUGCUCCCAGGUGAGGUGUAUGGGGAGUGCAACCAUGAUACAGGAGACCUCACCUGGGAGCAAAGAUGGAAGGCGGAGUCAGGGACUUGUAGCACCCGCCUAGGCAGAGAGAGGGAAGUGUGAUGGAAUAACAUAUCAACAAUGAUUGUGACUGAAGAAACGGUGCUUUGUGAGCAACACGGCAUCUGAUGCACAAUGUCACCAUGCUGAGGAGGGCUUGAGGCAAUCACUGCAGCACACACUGUGAGUCUUCUGCAAAAAAACCCAUCACCAUCAUGGCCAAGGACAACGCAGAAUUAGGCCUCACGUGGGAGGUGAGGGCCAACCAGCGUCAUUACCACAAACACCAGCAGAAGAAAUCCUUCCUGUGCUUCCGCUGGGGACGAUACUCAGACAACCUGGUGCGCAGCUAUAAAUACUCCGUGCUCACUUUUCUGCCCCUGACGCUGUUCGAGCAGUUCCAGCAAGCGGCCAAUCUCUACUUCCUCUUCAUGUUGGUGUUGCAGUGUGUUCCCCUCAUCUCAUCCAUCCCAUGGUACAUCUCCGUCAUGCCGCUGUUCAUCAUUCUUUCCGUGCGAGGCAUAAAGGACCUCAUCAAUGACAUGGCAAGGAGACGCAGUGACUCUGCGAUCAACUCCCGACCCUGUGAUGUGCUCGUCUCCCAGAGUUUCAGCACAGUACAAUGGAAGGAUUUGUGCGUGGGCGAUAUUGUACGCAUCCGCAAAGACCAAACCAUCCCUGCAGACGUUCUGCUCCUGUGCAGUUCAGACCAUCACAGUCUGUGUUAUGUGGAGACAGCUGACAUUGACGGUGAGACUAACCUGAAGUACCGACAGGCUCUUGGUGCCACACACUAUGUCUUCACCUCUGACCCUGCAGAAGGGACACUUGCUAACUUUGAUGGUGUCGUUCUCUGCGAGGAGCCCAGCGAUCACUUGUACACCUUCAGAGGACAGCUGCACUGGCAGGGACAAUGUCUGCUACUGGACAAUGAGCAUAUUCUGCUGAGGGGGACUGUGCUACGGAAUACACUGUUUGCUUAUGGCGUGGUCAUAUACACCGGUGCAGACACAAAGAUCCUGAGGAACUGUGGGAAACUGCGGGUGAAGGGAACUCGGCUGGGAAAACUUCUCAACAGGGCCGUGAUAGGGAUAGUUGUGGCUUUGCUGCUGACUGGGCUUCUUCUGGCCAUUGGCAGCAGUGUGUUCGCAAGCCGGGUCAUGACCCACACAGAGGUUCUGUCUUCUCUGGUUAUCAACGGCAUCCCGGCCUACAAUGGCUUUCUAGUCUUCUGGAGCUACAUGAUCCUGCUCAGCCCGGCCAUGCCCAUUUCACUCUUCAUCACGUUUGAGGUGAUCCACACAAUCCAUAGCAAGUUUAUUAGUUGGGAUUUGGAGAUGUACUGGCCGCAGACGGACUGCCCAGCACAAGCCCGCAACACCUCCUUAUGUGAGGAGCUGGGCCAGGUGGAAUACCUGCUGAGUGACAAGACUGGGACCCUGACCCAAAAUCGUCUGCUCUUCAGACAGUGCUGCAUAGCUGGGGAGAUUUAUGGUGAUGCAUCAAUACGGGCAGAGGACACAGAGCCUAUGGACCUCAGCUGGAAUCCUUUCUCCCGCGGGGGUCUGUUCAUGUGGGCUCCUACCCUGGUGGAGCGUCUCCGAGCACAGCAGUGUGAGACCAUAAGACAAUUCUUCACAGCGCUGACUGUAUGUCAUACUGUCAUGGCCGAGUGGAAGGAAGACGCUCCAGUUUACCAAGUGGCAUCUCCAGAUGAGGAAGCUCUUGUUGGUGCUGCCAGGGAGUUCGGCUGGGUCUUCCUGUCCAGAACCAGAGACGUCAUCGUGGUCUCAGAGCUGGGAGUCACUCGUCACUAUAAGCUGCUGGCGUUACUUGACUUCACCAGCCAGAGGAGGCGGAUGUCUGUGCUGGUCCAGGAGCCAGAGGGCACUUUGAAACUUUACUGCAAGGGAGCUGAUAUAGUGAUACUGGAGAGGCUACAAAGGGACUGUCCACAUCAGGAGAUGACUGAACAAGCCUUGGAGCUGUUCUCCCAGGCCUGUCUGAGGACUUUGUGUAUCGCUGUUCGAUUGGUUGCCGAAGCGUCCUGGGAGCAGUGGAGUAAAACUCUGGCCAGGGCUGCUGCCAUGGCGACCUGCGACCGCAACGCCCUGCUGGAGAAACUUUAUGAUGAGAUGGAGCAAGAGCUGCAGCUUCUGGGAGUUACGGGCAUAGAGGACCGACUCCAAGAGGGCGUUCCAGAGACUAUCGCUCUGCUUGCACAGGCUGGGAUUAAAGUAUGGGUGUUAACAGGAGACAAAAAAGAAACGGCAGUCAACAUCGGCUAUUCUUGUAAACUACUGGAUCCUGAUACAAGAUUACUAGAAUGGCAGGAGUUGAGACACAUCCUGCAGUCCCCGGACCCUGAAGUCAGUUUCCUUAAGACCCAAGAGGCACAGCUGUGGGCUGUUGAAAAGGACAAAGCUGGAUCAAAGACAGCGAUGGUCCUGACUGGUCCUGACCUGACAGAGUUUGACCAGAGACCACAAUGGGGGUCCACGUUCAUGAGCCUGGCCAAACAGUGUCAGUCAGUGUUGUGUUGCCGGGUGACACCUGGACAGAAGGCCAACAUUGUCACUUUGGUCCGGAACCACACCAGAUCAAUUACGCUGUCCAUCGGAGAUGGCACCAAUGAUGUCAAUAUGAUCAAGACAGCUCACGUUGGUGUGGGUCUGACAGGAGUGGAGGGAGGCCAAGCUGUGCAGAAUGCAGACUUUGCCCUGUCCCAGUUCAGGUUCCUGCAGAGGCUGCUGCUGGUCCACGGGCGCUGGUCUUAUCGGCGCAUCUCCCUCUUCUUGCGUUACUUCUUGUUUAAGACCUGUAGCUUUGCGCUUGUGCAUGUAUGGUUUGGCAUCUUCAACGGCUUCAGUGCUCAGUCAUUAUACGAGACAUGGUUCAUUGGUUUGUACACAGUCUUCUACACAGGAUGCCAGGUUCUAUUAGUGGCCUUCUUUGAAAAGGAUGUGAGUGCUGAAAACAGCCUAAAAUGGCCUGAGAUCUACAAGUCCGGACAGAGGCAGGAGCUUUUCAGUCCUCUGGUCAUGUUUGCGUGGCUUGUUUAUGCUGUCUACGCUUCACUUGUUUUCUUCUUCAUCCCGUGUGGAGUCUACUUCAACACGGCUUUUGACUACCAGACCAUGGCGGUUACUGUGUCCAUGGCAGCGACAUUUACUGCCACCAUUGAGAGUGUGUUGAUGAGCAGGCACUGGACAAAGUUCAACAUCGGGGCUGUGUGCUAUUCUUUGCUCAUGUUCUUUGUCUGCACCAAGAUCACACAAAGCAAGUUCCUGUUUCAGCGAGCGCCUCUGGACUACGUGUUUUUCGGUGCGUCCGACAAGGCCUUCAGUGAUCCAGUCGUAUGGCUCACAGCUCUGCUCACAGCCUGGACGGCCGUGUUGCCUUCAGUGACCUUCCAGGCACUCAGUGUCAUACGCCCUAGCCACGACAAACAUAAGGUCCACAGCAUUACUCCUCAGCCGGUAGAACUGAAGUCAAAGUUGAAACGGGGAUCAUCUCUCCGCCGUUCCUCAUUUGCUGUGUCUCAAGGAACCGCACCUAAACACCUGAUCUCCUCAGGCAUCCGAAACACAGACACGGUUCCGUAGUCAUAGACUUCAUGUCUAAAAGGGCCAACACGGUGAUGGAGAAAUGAAGACAAAUGAAGACAAAUCUUGCAACCAUUUUGAGCAACAGUUUGCCUGUAAAACCUGCACUCAUAGUCAGCUGUUUUAAAAUACUGUAGAAUUGUCUUUUGUCAGCAUUGUACAGUCGUCCCUCACUUUUAUCACAGUUUUUCAAACAUUCAUUAAUUAAUAAAUGAUUGUGGUUGACUACAGCCUAGUAUUAGUCAGGAAAUAUGCAUAGUUAAGAAAUGUAUAUGCAUUUUU